CGUGCCUCUCCGUUAAUUAAUUCUCCUGAGUUCGCGACUUCAGGCUGCGCCCAUUUCGGCCUUAGCAAACAAUAGGCCACGUACUGUCUUACGACCUCGGCAUCCCAAGUCUCACUCAUCGAUCUUCUCUUCCUAUUUUGGAUGCGGCUGCCUGGUGUCCAUCACUGACAUUACAGGCAUAUGUACGAGACUGUUGCUGCCUUGCUCAUCACAGCUUGCGCAUCGUAAGCAUCUGGUCAUGUCUGCUCAGCGACAAUGAAUCUCAACAUCUUUCGCAUCCUGGGCGACGUAUCCCAUACUGCGUCAAAAUGCAUACUGAUAUGGGCCAUUCAUUCUAACAAGAGCGCAGAAGGCGUCUCUCUUCUUACUCAGAUCCUCUACAUUGCUGUCUUUUGCACUCGUUACCUCGACCUCUUUUGGGUCCCACCAACAUCAUCAUGGUGGAAUUUCAUACUCAAGAACUUUUACAUCUGGUCCUCAAUUUACAUCAUUGUGUUGAUGACACGAGUGUAUGCGAGAACUCGUGAGCAAGAGAAGGCCUGGAAAUGGGGCGGAUAUGCCGCGGGAGCCUCGUUCAUCGCAGCACCCCUGGUAUCCCUCAUAAUCAACGGCUGGACACGUUCCACGUUCGUCGAGGUGCUCUGGACGUUUUCCAUCAUACUCGAAUCGGUCUGUGUCGUCCCACAGCUUUUGCUGCUUCGGCAAACGACCGUGCCAACAGUGAUUGACUCCUUCUAUCUGGUUACUCUCGGGUCUUACCGAGCAUUUUACCUCCUGAACUGGAUCUACCGCGCAUUCACUCCGUCGAAGCCCGAUCCUAUCUCUGUCAUAUUCGGCAUCAUCCAAACCGCCUUCUAUGUCGACUUCGCAUGGGUGUACUGGACAAGACAAAGAGUGAAGCUCAGAGGAGGUGGAAUCGUGGACGCAGAAGACUUGAACAAAGGAUGGCUCGUCAAUAAGGUAUUCAAGCAUACUCAACAACCGCUUGACGAAGAAGACCCAGAGGCCGGUACCGGCCAUUCGAACGGCCACGCGCAGCCAAAAGCUAGUCGGUGGGGUCCGCGAGGUGUGUCAGUAUCAGCGGACGAUACGCUCCAUGAACACGAUAGGGGGAAGAGAGCCACCAGAAAUCAGAGCCCAGAGGCUGAUCCAAUGCUGGCUGAAGAGAGCUACCAGCCUGACCCUGAAGCUUUUGAGUUCGCGGAUGAGGAGGAUGAUGUUCCUCAGCUGGAUGAGCCUGGCAACAAGGUUUUGAACAGUGGUGAGGAAUGGGGUAACAAGUCACCUUCGGUCAAGUGAUUGCUUUUGUACUAGAUAUCUGGCAGUUGCCGACAUCUGCUUCCAUAUGCUUGGCUUGGCAACGUCGACAUGCCUGGUACUCAGCUGUCGCGAUAUCAACCUUGUAUAUUGUCGCGGAGACUGGGAGAGUUUUCGUGCAUGACAAACACAAUCAAUA